AGCAAGUUCGGCUCGAGCCGCCAAGGCUCAAGGUCAAAGGGGUUCUCCAGUCUGACCAGUCGCGCUGCGAGCCAGUAGCGCUUCAUCUGCACGCGCGCUUGCACUUGAGCUCUUCUUCUUCUUCUUCUUGCCCUCCAGGUCGCGAGAAGCAGCCACACAGCAAUGGGGAGUGGUGCAUCCACCGCAGGCAUUGGGAAGGCAGUCGAGUCGUGCACACAGGAGGAAUUGCAGAAAGCGCUGUCCGAAUUGACGCCAGAGCAGCGCGACAAGCUUCAGAAGGCGUUGUCUGUGACGGGUGGAGCUGCAAAGAAGGCAUUGAUCGUAUGCACGUCUGCUACCGACAUGGGAGGUCACGCCACUGGAUGUUGGAGCGAAGAAGUAUGUGGCCCUUACUACGUAUUUCUUGGCGCAGGGUGCGACGUGACAGUCGUCACCAUUGCUGGCGGCGACGUUCCGCUCGACGCUGGAUCUCUUUCAGAUACCUUCAAGACCGAGAACGACAAGAAGAUGGAAGCGGAGGGCUCCGCUCCACUGAAGGGCACCAAGAAGUUGUCCGAGGUGGAUGCUGCUACUUUCGAUAUUGUCUUCUUUGCCGGUGGGCACGGCACGUGCGUGGACUUUCCCACCGACGAGGUCGGUGAGGCCAUCUCCAAGGCGCUGGCCGCCGGAAAAGUCGUCGGCGCCGUCUGCCACGGCCCCAUGGCGCUGGUCAAGGCGAAGGCGGCCGACGGCGAGCCUGUCGUGAAAGGAAAGAAGGUGGCGUGCUUCACGGAUGCGGAGGAGGAUGCGGUGGGCUUGUCCGAGAAGGUUCCUUUCUCGCUGGCGAAGAAGAUGGCCGAGCUGGGGGCGACCUGCGAGGCCGGGGAUCCGUGGUCUGAGAAAGCCGUGGCGGACGGCAAGCUUGUCACGGGUCAGAAUCCGCAAAGCUCGGUUGCCUGUGCCAAACUCGCUCUCGCCGCUUAGAGCUGUUGUCCCAAGCUGAACAUAGGCUGGAGCCCAAUUGUUCGUCAGACUCCAAUGAUUUCGAGUCCGAUGCCGGACUGUCCAUCACGACGCUCUGCACUUUUCUGGUCUGCUUUAGCAGGUGUUCACCCGACGGCUGCCCUUCCCCUCGCCCUCUUGCUGUGUCCAGAAAGGCAACUAAGGACGCAGAGGAUAGGAGGGGAGGAACAACAACAAUAGGAAAUACCAGGAGGUGUGCGCUGUUUGCCUCGCGCGCUACUGACUACAGAGUCGCGGGUUUCACACUUAGUAGACGUGCUGGUAAGUUGUGCCCCAGGUGCGUUGGCACUUCGUGCCGCAAGCUGCUUCUGCAGAGCCAUCAAUUCUAGGGCCAGCAGUUCUAAGUUCUGAGUUUGCGACGCCCUGUGAAAAAUUGUGCCUCCCUCCCUUCCUGACUCUUUCUCUCCCUCCCUCCCUCC